AUGGUCCUGCAAUGUGUGACUGAACAACGAAUUCUUGGCAGACUGAAGAUUAUUUGCGGGGCUCAGGCCAUCCUUGUUGCGUCAGACGCCCCGCCCGGAAUGAAGCAAAUGCUGCGGAUGAUGGAACUCCUCGCUCACCGGGCACUGCAUCAUGCAAAUACUGCAGCGUUGCACGUGCGGCUAGAGCUUCAAUCAGCAGCUGAAACCAAGGAAAUGGUUAGCAUGAGGCAGCUUCUAGACGGAUGCCUAGAGGUCUACAAACACGACCUCAGGUCUAGAGAAUGCCUUUGCACGGACCUCGAAGUCAAACUUUCUGCGAAAAAGGCAAUCAGCAAGACAGCCCCCUUGAUGGAACCGACGCGUAACGAGCUGAAGCCGUUCGACAUACAGCCAAGCGACUUUCACCCCAAUUUUGAUGGUUUAAAGAAUGGCCUUGUUUUUUGCAUGAACAUGAGCCAGCUUUCUUCAUAUUCCCAGCUGACAUCCGUCUGUGAGCUAACCGGGAUCAAGGUGCAGAAUGUGGCCUCCAUCCCAGAGUUAAACGACCAACUAGCCACCAGCAAGCAGAUAAGGGUCCUCGCCCUGUUCGUCUACGACAACACAACGCACUUGGCCAACGCCAUUCCGUGCUCUGUGCCCUCUAUCGGCCGUAUUGCUGAGCUUGUCCAAGUUGUCAAGGCCAAGUUUCCAAAACAAAGAGACGGAAAAGACACACCAGUUGACUCAGAGAAAAAGCCACCGAUACUCACGGCAGCAACUGUGGACAGCAAGGCGCCCCGUUCCAUGAUCGUGAUUGAGGAACCAUUGACAAGCUCAGAUAUCGUCUCAAUCCUCGCAGUAGGGGCCGGUGCUCUCGAUGCAAACCGCAGGCGCAGGGGACGAGGAGGGGCCCUGCAGAGGCUGUCCUACGGGAGGGCCUCAUUUUGGGACGCCGUGGUAUCUACUGUGAACAAGCCAGACAACAGAGCCAGUAUGUACUCCUCUAUAUCCGUGCAGAGCCGAGUGGACAGUUCCGGCAGCAGUCUGUAA